AUGUUGGAACUUGGAGUAGCAAAUUCUCUCUUCAUCAUUGUACCCUUUGUUCUAUUUGCUGCUGUUUUCGUGUUAAUUAUUGUUCUUCGAUCCUGUUUUCUUGUCAAAGCUUCCAAUAAUCAUUGGUCAUCUAUGCGACAACGAUCAAAUCCGAGUACGACGAGUAUCACUUUACCUGAUGUAGUUAAUCAUUCAUCUGAUUCACAUACCAGUAGUCAGAGUAAUUGUGGGAACAACGCUGCAUCUUCAGAAUCAUACAUCCCUCCGCCGAGUUAUUAUUCUGAAGUUAUGUCUGGCAGUGAUUUCAGUUAUCCUGUUUAUGUGCCUCCAUAUUCUGUUAAUAAUGGGUCUCCUUUAGCUUCAAUGAGAGAUCCCCGACGAUUUCAAGGAAUUCCUGGAAUAGCAGCUCCACCACCUUAUCCAUCACCACCAAGCUACAGCCAGAUAACGAACUAUCCUGAAUUGCCAACAAGCACAUCAUCAAAUCGUCUUGAUAAUCAUAACAGUCCCAAUCGUUGCAUGAAGAAAGGAGAAGAUGUCAUUGCUCCAAUAGAAUAA